CAAAACACCGCCCAUGAGUGGCUGGCGGCGAUCAUUGACGCACGGCAACAAGCCGGCCACACGCUUCGGCUGCAUUGUUGAUUGGUGAUCGCGCUGAGAUGCAGCUCCAAACUCCCACCAAGCUAGGCCUGACUGGAAUGACAACACGGUGAUCGUGGGCCCUCGUCCCGGGCCCUGUGUGUCGUGGUUUUUUCCCAGCCACUGGGUUUGUGUUCGCCGAUCAACAACUUUCUUAAGAAGCAUCCCGCGCACAAGUUUAGGCGAGCAAUUGUGCGAACACUCGACUGAGUUCUCCGCCGUCCAUUUUAGUUACCCCCCCACCCCAAGCUUGAAAGGUUCAUUCUCUGGUUCGAGUUUGACGAUUCCCACACUCAAUCAUCACCAUGUCGACACCAAUCCCACAACCCCCCGGUAUCCCUCUGCUGGGUAACCUCUUCGACGUCGACCCGAGCAACACUUGGUGGUCAUUGAAGACACUCGCCGAGAAAUAUGGCGAGAUCUUCCAGAUCAAGGUUCUUGGCCACCGCAUCGUCUUCGUCGCUAGCGCGGCAUUGGCCGAAGAGAUCUGCGAUGAAAAGCGGUUCCGCAAAUUCGUCGGCGGCCCGAUCGUCGAGAUCCGCUACACGGUCCAUGACUCGCUCUUCACGGCGUACGACCACGAGGAGAGCUGGGGUAUUGCCCAUCGCAUCAUUGUGCCCCAGCUUGCCCCGGACGCAGUAGCAGGCCACUUUGACGAGGUGAUUCAGUGCACCGAUGACUUGAUCGCGAAAUGGAAUGGGCUCGGCGCGGAUGCCCGGACGCGCCCCUUGGAGGACCUCAACCGGCUUAACCUCGAGACCACCACACUGACAUUGUUUGGCAAAAAGCUGAACUGUCUGGAGGGGCCGGAGCACCCCAUGAUCAAGGCGAUGGAGGACGCGACGUCAGAAGCCAUAAAGCGGCCGAACAGGCCAAAGUUGCUCAACUGGCUGGUGCAUGACGGCAAGUUCAAGAAGGCGACAAAAGUAAUGCGCGGUUUUGCCGCCGACCUGGUCAAGGACAGACAGGAUCAUCCUUCGGACCGACACGACCUGCUCUGGACCAUGCUGAACGCGAAGGACCCCGAGACAGGCAAGGCCCUGACCGAGUCGCAAGUCAUCGACGAGAUCGUGACCAUGCCCAUCGGGAGCAGCACCGCUCCCUGCACCAUCGCCGCUGCUAUCUACUUCCUCCUCCAAAACCCAGACGCCCUCGUCAAAGCUAGGGAUGAAAUCGAUGCUGUCAUUGGAGAGGGGCCGUUCCGACAGGAGCACGUGUCCCAGCUGCAUUACGUCGCGGGCCUUGUCCGCGAGACCCUGCGGCUGUCGUGCGCGGCCCCGGGCUUCAACAUCGAACCGAUCCCGAAACAGGGUGACGAGUCCCCGGUGCUUCUCGCCGGGGGGAAGUAUCAGGUCCCGCACAACCAGGCUCUCAUUAUCGUGUUGGCCGGUGUCAACCGUGACCCGGCCGUUUUUGACGAGCCGCUCGCUUUCCGGCCCGAACGCAUGAUGGGUGAGGCGUACGAGAAGCUACCGGCCGCGGUGAAGAAGUGGUUCGGCAACGGUAAGCGGGAGUGCAUCGGCAAGCACUGGGCGUGGGAGUUCCUGGUGGUCGUCACGACCAAGUUGAUUCGGGAAUUCGACUUUGAGGCUGCCGAUCCCAACUACCAGUUCAAGCAGGAUGGAUGGUUCAAUAUACGGCCCAUCGACUUCUCGGUGAAGGUGAAGGCGAGGACGCGUUGAGCUAGCGUAGGAGGGCGGACGGCUAAGGAGCAGGGACUGAGCGAGGUGCAACAGGGACUGGAGGGUCGCCGUGCGUACUAGUCCAAGAUAUUUAACGGAUUCUGGGUGCUUCGUAACUAUUCGGAUUCGGAAUGGAGUGAGGGGAUGUAAUUUACGGCACUUGACCACAUGUACGCUGAGGCCCAAUACUGCAGACAGCCAUUUUGUUAACCUUUGUUUAUUUGUAGCAUCAUGCCCCC